AUGGCGGCAGUGGCAGCGGGCAGCCUAGUAGGCAAGGGGUGCGACAUCAGCCUGGCCGCCCUGCAGCGCCACGACCCCUAUAUCAACCGCAUCAUGGACGUGGCCAGCCAGGUGGUUCCGUACACUUUCGGCCAUUGGGCCAACGAGUGGGAGAAGACUGAUGUGGAAGGAACCUUGUUUGUUUAUGCGAGGUCUGCUUCUCCAGAGCAUGGAUUCACCAUUAUGAAUAGGCUGAGCAUGGAAAAUAGGACAGAACCCAGUACUAAAGACCUGGAUUUUCAACUCCAGGACCCUUUCCUUCUCUACAGAAAUGCCAGAUGUGAGUCUAUUAAUACAUUGGGUGGCUUUAUUUCUGAAGUUGGCCAGGUGUUUAAAAUUGUGAAGUGUAUAGCUUUAUGUUUGUGUUGA